AGAGCCUCAUUUGCUAUGGCACCGACCUGUAUCCAUGGACAUGAUGCAUGGACAAAGUUGAAUUUCUGUUUUGACUGGCUUUUCUAUGGGAACAAAUCUCAAACGAGGCUGAUUGUUGAUGUUGAUCUUCUACACUACUGGAGAGAAAUGGCGGCAGAUGGUCAUAGUGGGAGUUUCAGCAUAGACGGCAGUAAAACCAUGUCAUCAAGUGGAGAAGCAGAGCAAGGGAAAGAUGAGUUGAACCAAACCUCUUCUCCAAUGACAGAGGCUGGUCUCACAGAUACCUUGCAGAAAAUUAUAUCAGAGGAAAAAGAUGCUACAGAUCCCAAAAAAGCUAGGCGAGAUGUGAGAUGGAUGAGCACACGACCAUACCUAGACCAGACUGUUGUGCCAAUAUUACUUCAGGGCUUAAUCGCCCUUUCAAAAGAAAGGCCUCCAGAUCCGAUCGAAUAUUUAGCAACAUUUCUUCUUCGGAACAAGAACGCCUAUGAAAAUAACCAGCCACCAUCUUGAUGUUUAAUUUCUAUGGAGCUCUACAUGACAGACUUUCACAAUUCCCCUUUCUGUAAAGUGUUUGUUUGGGUCUUUUCAUCGAUUUUUCUUCGAAUUUUCUUCGAUUUUUCUUCAAUUUACUACUUUUGAGAAGAAUCAUAGCCUGAUUGA